CGUCCGCUGGCCGCGGCGCGAGCGCAUCUUCAUGGCUUGAUGCACCGGAGUCAGCAAGCCAUAUCUCUCAGCUCAUGAACAGCUUUCAUGUCCCCGGUCUCGCAAUAGCGAUAGUUGAUGGAUCUGACAUACAUUCCAAAGCGUUCGGCUAUGCUUGCAUCAGUUCCCAAAAACCCUGCACCGCCGACACGCUGUUUGAUAUUGCUUCGUGCUCUAAAGCUCUUACUGCAACUGCUGUCGCCAUGCUUGUGGAAAGCAAGGACUUCUCAGGUGUAAAAUGGGACUCAGUGAUGACUGAAUUGUUGCCUGAUGACUUUGUCCUGUCAAUUCCGGAGGCUACCAAAGAUGUCACUAUUGAAGACAUUCUAAGUCACAGAUCAGGCUUACCAAGGCAUUCAGUCGCCAGAAAUCUGCGCAAUCUUUCUCUGAGCAAGGCGCCGAAGUCGACCUAUCAGUACAGCAACAUCAUGUACACAGCCGCAACUCACCUUAUCGAGACUCUAUCAAAGAAAUUCUUCUCGAGAUUUGUGCACGAUGAGCUUCUGCAGAAAAUGGAUAUGAACUCAACAUUCCUUCAGCCAAGCGAAGUGUACAGCAGCGACCAACAAAGCCUGCUUUCCACGCCAUAUUACUUCCGAGAUAGUGCUUAUCAUGAGACUUGUCAUCAGGAAACACCCGAAAGUCAAGGAGCAGGCUCAAUCCACACAAGUGUCAACGACCUCGCCAGGUUCAUUCGAGCCAUGAUCAACCAAUCUGGCCCCAUCACACAGUCGAUAUACGAGGCUGUCACAACACCCCGAAUCACANAAGAUCAACGAAGCAAUCCCACGAACAACGGCAAUAAUCACCCUCCUCCAUCCUAUGCUCUGGGUUGGGAUGUCAAAUACUACCGCGGAACAAAAAUCAUCUCUCACGACGGCGUCAUCACCGGCUAUGGAAGCCGUAUGUUCUUCCUGCCUGACCACAAAGUCGGAGCUGUGAUUCUCGGCAACAGCGACGGCGCAUUCGACCUCUCAUUCAUCAUACAGAGCUCCCUUGUUGACGAGAUUCUAGACGUUCCGAAGGAAGAGCGGUUUGAUGUUGCAGCCCAGCGCUUGAAACGACUUACAGCCCAAGAGGCUCGGCGGGAGAAGAACCUCAAACGAAACGCUGUCAGAAGAGAUCAANGCAAAGAUACACUGAAGGUUCCUCUCGAAACUUACCUUGGGACUUAUCGCAAUGCUGGAUAUCGGAACGUCACUGUGCAAGAACAGGCAGGCUCUCUCUUCAUUGAUGGACGCGAUCGCUCUAUGCCUUUCACGAUGCUUCUCGAACAUGUGAGCGACAAUGCCAUCUUUCGAGGGUACCUAGCCGAUGAUACAGGUGAAGACGUUAUCCCUGUUCAAUUUCGCUUCGAUCCAGAUGGGCAAGUAUCUGCGAUUGGUAUGGUUCUGGAGCCAGCAUUGGGUGACAACUACUAUAUCUGGUUUGACCGCAUUCAUGAGGCA